UGACAGUCUGUUUUGACAAUUUGUUAAUAGUCGUUUGUCGGUAGGAUAGGCUUGAUAGGUGGGUAAGGGAAGUCAACUGCAGUUUACGAGUUAAUUAUUUUAUUAAUAAACAUAUCGGACUCAUAUUCACAUUGUUCUAUAUCUCUGAAUAUCGAAGUGAAGCGUGACGAAAUUUAAAUUAUUAAAAGUGGUCUAUGAAUAUGAUUAAAAAUAAAAACAUGUUUAUAAAAUGUGUUUUGUAAUUUAAUGCGACUAGUGACGCUUUAAUGAUUGAAUCUGUAACGUGAAACCCUUGAUUUAUUGUAAGAGAGUGGUUAAAUUGACUCCAUAAUGUCAAAGGACGAUAGUUCAGGAUCUGAGGCACAGGAAUCCUUGCUGUAUUCUGCCAGACAUGGAGAACUGUCUGUGGUCAAGGCGAUGCUGGAAGCUAAAACUGAAGGAAAACUCACUCUGGACAUCAAUUGCAAAGGUAAAAGUAAAUCCAACCUUGGCUGGACUCCGCUCCACCUGGCCACAUACUUCGGGCACACAGAUGUGGUGGAAGCCUUGCUCGAAGCAGGCGCGAACGUCGACGAGGUUAAUGACACCGGGGAUUCAGCUCUGCACAAAGCAUCUUUUAUUGGAAAUGAGGAGCUAGUAAUCCUACUCCUCAAGCACAAAGCCGAUGUGAGUAUUAUGAACGGCGAGGGUCGGACGCCGUGUGAUGUAUCCAAGACACGCGAUGUUCAGCGUCUGCUGGAGGCGGCCGAGCGCGCGGAGAGGCACGAGCGAGAGCGACGUCUGCUCACCGCCGCCAAAGAUGGCAGGAUUGAGGAUAUACAGGAACUGCUAAGCAGUCCAAAUUCCCCGAACAUAAACUGCGUGGACGCGCAAGGCAACACGUGUUUACACUGCACCGCGUACAGAGGUCACACACGACUCGCCGUGCUACUCCUACAAAAUGGCGUCGAUACUACUUUGAGGAACAACAGUGGUCAGCUAGCCAUCGACAUGGCUAAAGACGCCGAGAUGCGUGAGGUGCUGAGCGUGCGGCCGGUGCAGCGGCUGCAGCGGACCGCCGCCAGGUUCGAGGGGCCGCUGCUGAAGCGGUCCAGGUUCCUGGGAUGGAGACCUGUCUGGGCGGUCCUCCAACGCGGUGUCCUCCUGUACUACGGGUCGCGGGCCGAGGCAGCUCGCGGGGGCACCCACUGGCGCGGCCGCAAGUACCUGGACGCGGCCACGCUCUCCGCCGCGGACACAGAACCCGCACUGCUGGUGCUGAACUUCAGUGACGGCGACACUCACCGCCUGGCUGUGCAGGGGGACAGGGAUGUGGCGGCUGUAAGGCAGCAAUGGGUGACUGCCCUGAACGAGCACAUCGCGUACUCGGGCCACUACCUGUGGGCGGGCGCCUCGCCCGACGCCGCCAGGGAGGCCACGGAGGAUUUGGAAGAUGAGUGUAAACCACUUGGGUCUAUGCAAGAUGCACUAACAGCUGCUACGAACAGCCUAGCGCUACUAGACACACAGCUUCGUGAGUGCGCCGCCAUCGUAGCGGCUCUUGAUAAAAGCGUCAACGUUGGCAACUCACUGCACCACUCCGCUUAUAUGCGGUUCCAACACGCGUGUGGCACGGGGUCGGAGGCCCUCUCCGCGCUGAAGCACUGCGCGGCGCUCGUGGCGCAGGCGCGGGACGCCGACACCGCCCGGCUCAACAGAGAGGUUGAAAGGAACAGAGUUCUGGAAGAAGCGCUCGCUGCCUUAGCGAGGACGCAUCACGCAUUAGAGAUGUCAGUAGCUGAAGAACUUACUAAGAGUAAAAGAAAGAAAAAGUCAAAGUCCUCGUCGACGCUGAACGAUUCGAAGGAGAACUUCUUUGAUGUAUUUGAAGAAUCGGAGGACGAGGACGACACGCUGGUGACGGCGGGACUGUCCAGCCCGCUGGGCGCGCUCAGUCCGUGGGGAAGCAGCCCCGACCUCACACGACGGACGCCCAUCGGCAGCCUCGAUGGCGACAAGACGCCAACGAACGAGGAGCCCGGUUCAUACGAGCGUCGCUUGUCGCUGUCGUCGGGCUCUCCCGUGUCGCUGCACACGGCGCUGAGCGCGGCCAGCUCGCGCGGCACGCUGGUGUCGGCCGGCGGACACGUCUACAGGAACGCCAGGCCCUACCGCAAGCAGGCUCAUCCCAGUUCUCAGUGGUCCCUUUAAAGUAUUGUUACUGGUCAGUAUAUAACGUCGACAAACAUACACUUAGCUUUAGCUAAAUAUAAACCGUUAUACACUUGCAAUAGUUUAGAACAAAUUGCACAAAAAUUGCAAAGUUAGCUCACUAAUCUAUAGUGCUAGACGAAGCACAAAUGUGCGGAUAUUGAAUUUAAUUAAUUUAAUAAUUAAUUCCAAAUAAAUUUGCCAUUGCAUUUUAAACUUUAAUGUUAUA